AUGUCAUCACGCGACCCCCCAUGGCGAAAUGAGCGCAGUCGCUACGCCCAGCGCGAUGCACCAGCAUCGUCUAUUCCCGCAAAGCGCUCAGCCGAUGCGCGAGCGCACGACAAUCCAGCGAAACGGUCAACCAACGCGGCCGAGGAGGCGUGGGUGGCGGACGAGGAUCGGUUCGUGCUGCAGCAGGCCAAGAAGAAGGCAGCGUUGCGCGUAAGAGGCGGACGCGCCAAACCCAUUGACUGGCUGGCCGUCACAUUGCGCUUCAUCGACCCUGCUGAGAAAUCGAUACUGGACGAAGAGGUCGAGGAUCACGAGCUGGACAUUGUGGACCCCGAGGGAGUGCUCGAGGGGCUGAAUAACGAAGAGCUUGCUGAGCUGGAGAAGGAGAUUGAGAACUACCUCACGCUCGAGACGAGCAAGAGCAAUCGCGACUACUGGACCUCGCUCAAAGCAAUCUGCAAAGAUAUCCGCCGCAAAUCCAGGACAUCAAAAUCCGAGGCACGCGGCACCAGCUCCGUGGCUGCCGACAUUGACCAGCUGCUCGCACCAAAGUCGUAUGAGCAGCUCGAGACACUCGAGGUGCAGGUCAAGAGGAAGCUGGACUCUGACGAGCCCAUUGACUACGACUACUGGGAACAACUGCUGCGAAGCCUGCGCGUAUGGAAGGCCAAGGCGAAGCUGCGGCGCGUGUCGCAGGAGAUUGUCAAGGAACGCCUGCAGACGCUGCGCAAGCAACAGGCCGAGGCCGCCGCAUCUGUACAAGGCAACAUCUAUGCCAUGCUCAAAGGCAAUGAUGAUGCGGCAGAGCUGCGGCCCACUACCGUCGCAUACGACGCAUCCGUGGAUCCGGAACCGAUGCUGAAGCUGCGCGCCGAAGACAAGACGCUGCCGCAAGUCGAGGAGAAGACUUUCCUCGACGACUUGGCGUCGGAAAGGCGCAAGAUUCAGAAGGUCGGCUACGUCCCUUCUAAAGCAAAGAUGAGCAACGACACGCGCACCAGCAGCAGCAGCCAGCCUGCGACGAGCGCGGCUGUGACGACGAGCGCGUCGCGAUUUGCGCCCGUGGAAAAGGAAGACUACUCCAAGGCGACCAUGGCGCUAUACGAAAGAGAAGUGGCACGAGGGGUUGAGGAGGGCGAAGAGGUGUUUAAUGCUGAAGAGGAGGUGACCACGGCCCGUCCUCACGCAGACGGCAGCUACAAGCCCAGAAAGCCGCGCUACUUCAACCGCGUGCAGAUGGGCUAUGAGUGGAACAAGUACAAUCAGACGCACUAUGACCACGACAACCCGCCGCCCAAGGUGGUGCAGGGAUACAAGUUCAACAUCUUCUACCCCGACCUCAUUGACAAGAGCAAGGCGCCCACGUACAAGAUUGAGCGCGAGAAUGGGCGUAGAAAGGGACAGUCGUUUGCACCAGCGGGCGAAGACGACACGUGCCUGAUACGGUUCAUUGCGGGCCCGCCCUACGAGGACAUUGCGUUCAGGAUCGUGGACAAGGAAUGGGACUACAGUGCCAAGCGCGAACGCGGUUUCAAGAGCAGCUUUGACAAGGGAAUUCUGCAACUGCACUUCCAGUUCAAGAAGAUAUACUAUCGAAAGUAG